AUGGACGAUGACGACCCCGCAAUCCCUGAUUCCGAUGCCUCUGAGGAUACUGAAGACUCCGAAUCUCUGCGUCCAAACCGAUGGCAAGGUGCGCCUUCGACUUGGGCAUCAUUGACAGCACAAGAACGGGGAUUGGCAGCUAGCCUCGACCAGAUUAGGAAUGAGGAUUUGAGUAUACACUUAUACAAUGCGCAUGCAUUGAAACGACGAGCGCGACAAUUUGAGGAGAAUCCAGAGAAAGAAUACCCCGCCAUCCCAGACGAAGACCAGACAUUCAAACCGCCAACACACUGGACGGCGUGGCCUUUGCCUCCGAAUGAGGUGCCAAGAGAGGGUGAAAGGAUUGGAUCUGAAGAUCCAGAUGAGAAGUAUACAUUCAGGAGAAGAGAGACACAGCGGCCGAGCACAGAGCUGGAAGAUGUUUUGCUUGGGUUGACUCUGAGGUUCGCGAAGGAGAGAUUUACGAAUAGAGAAGAAAACGAUGAGAUAGGCGCACAGGAUGAUGAGGAGCAAACAACUGUGGAGAACAACGGAAGGCACAAUAAUGACGAGGCUUCAGACUCGCUCGACUCUGAGAUAUCAGAUGAGAAUGAUGUGGUAGUGAAGGAAGGCUCGGCGGCCCCAUCGGAGGAACCACUCAUACCUGUCGUCUCUACCGAUGAUGAUAGAUCUCGAGGACUGCUACGGCCUUCUAUACGCCAUACUCUAUCAAAAUUGGACGAAGUUCUCAUGGCUCUACAUCAUGCUCGAAAAGCCUGUCGAAGGGUUUCCUACUCCUCGGCUUCAUCAGAGGCCGAUUCUGAGCAAGAGGGCUCUGUCCCUAUAUCAAAACGGCCUCGAGGGAGGCCGAGAAAGUUUUCCAGCCUACCUGAUAGAUCCCGGGCACAAAGCAUGCCCUCAGACCAGGAAAUGGACGAAGAUGGCCUGUUUCGUGCAAAGACAACUCAUCUAGGCCGUCCUCUCAAAGCUUACAACAGGCUUGAUGGAGAAUCCCAGCAGGAUUACCUAGUUCGAAUAGCGAAAAUUCAGAAAAAACCUCUGCCUCCAUUUGCGCCUCCUAUAGAGGCCAAGCCAGAGAAGUCGCCCACACCAUCUCCAAGAAAAUCGAGCAAGUCUCCUGGGACCCGAGCGACUUCUGCAGAUACAUCUGCACGAAGACGGAAGAAGUUGCAUCCUCGAGAUUGGAGCGAGGUGCUCUCGUCAGCAGCUUUAGUUGGCUUUCCACCAGAUGUUAUUGCCAGAGCUACUCGACGAUGUGCAAAUUUGUUUGGAGAGGGUAUAACGAUGCGCACCAUUAUUGAGAUGCCUUUCAUGGAGAAAAUUCCCGACUCUGUGAUGAGAUAUGUGCCAGAGGAAAUACCGGACUUCGACGAGGAAAGUUCGAUUAGCUCAAGUGACGAGAGCGAUAGGCCAGAGGAGUUUUCUGAGGUCCAGAUCAAGAGCGAACGGCCUACCUCAAGGGCAAUUCGAAAAGCACGUAUGCCUCCAUCGAAGCAGACCUGCUUUUGUUCCAUAGAAAAUUGUCCGAGGAGAAUUCAAGGAUUCCGUGAUAAGGACGCGUUGAGGAGACACCUCAUGUUAGGACACAAGAUCGCAAAGGACGAUCUUGAUGAAUACAUUUUGCCAAGCGAUGAGGAGAUGAGCGGCGCGGUGCAUGUCGACGGGUUCCUGAAACCGUUGAAAAAAUUGGGUGGCGCGAGAGGCUCAUAUCGGAGAACUGGAAAAAGGCCGAGAGAGGAUGAAACUGACAGUGGGGAUGAGGAGGAAGAGGAAGAAGUCAGAGGGCCACAACCCACUCCUGCCCUGAAGGUCGAAAGUGAGAGUAGCGAGAGUGACGAAGAUGGCUCAGCAUCAGACUUGUCGUAA